AUGACUAUAUUUUCUAAGUUUUCGUAUUUCGAGAACUUCUUCUCAUUCAAAAAGCAAGAACCCUCCCCCAUUGAAAUCGUUUACUGCAAUGAGACCAACGGAUUUGUAAACAUCAAAGCCUUGGAAAGCUUCACCGAUGAUAGCAUGGAGGCAGACAUCUCUGAUAGAGAAAUGGCUACGAUUCUGACCCGAAACAAAAAGAGCCUGGGAAAAGUGGCUAUUGAUAAGAAUAGUAGUAAUAAACAAUGUAUAAAUUUAAGCGAGCUGAAAACGGGCCAUGCUGCCGCCACCAGACGGAAGUUGAGCGGCAAUGAGUCAUGGCCGAACCAGGACUCAUAUCCGCCUGAGGACCCCUCCGAGUUCAACAAGUUUGAUGAUAAACAUAACAGAAUCCAAAAGUGUAGCACCAGGAGAGGUUACUUGUCGUACAAGAAAUAG